CUGCCCGCGCCGGUAACCAAUGUCGGCCAUUAAUGAGUCUGUAGACGUCUCAUUGGUAUGGAUGAAAACUUCGAUUGUGUGAUUUGUCUGGAUCAUCCGGACGUAUACGGGAUAUCCCCCACUUGCAUGCAUGUCUAUUGCUUUGAUUGUAUCUUGAAGUGGAGGUUAGCCUCCCGUAGCGGGGCCAGCGCCGGCAAGACAGGGCACAAUCUUACCCAGGCAUGUCCCAUUUGCCGGAUGUACACUAAUCAUAUCAUACCUUCAAUAUACUUUAUCCAUGACGAUGCGAAGAAGACCGCCAUCGUCGAGCGAUUCCACCACACUCGGCAAACGCGGCUUUGUCCAAUCUUUUCCGAUUCCUAUCCAUACAACACACUCUGUCCACUUUGGAAUGAAUGUCAUUAUCAGCAUCGCGGCAUCGACGGCACGUGCUAUGUCUUCUCGAAAGAAGAAAUCAUGGACAAAACAAGAGAAUUGGCGACCGAGAGGGUUGACCAGAGACAGCUCAGGCAAAGCUUGCUUCAAGUUGUCGAACAAGGGCACGGGAGUUUUCAAUUAUUGACCAAGAACACGGCGUCUGAACGCCAAUCUGGGCAAAGCCCCAGAGAUCAUACUAUAGUAUCAGACCUACAGGAUGUUGAUCCGCUCGCACUGUCGGAGAGUGUUACCCUGGAUGGAGAGACAGGAGAGCUGACGGAGCAAUGGAGCUUAUGUGAAGGGCGAGACUUUGAUGACGCGAUGUCAAACUUCGAGAAGGUGUGCAGCGAUGUGUUUUCCCACGACUGACGUAAGGGAAUUGUGACUCUGUUUUGAGCGUCUCCGAGUCUGAACGCUCUGCACAAUCAAAAUGAAGCAGUUCAUUCGCGCCAUGGAAGGAGAUCCUGAAAAUGAAGCGCUUGCAGAAGCAGCUUUACUCGCCUGCACGAGAUCGGAGAAAGCGUUUGGAGGGUACAGAGGAGGCUUGUCUGGCGAAUGCCGUAC